AUGGCCAACUCCUCCUCCAAUCUUCACUGGGCUGCCCGCCAAAGUACUGCAGCUUAUCGCCAUCUUCUACAAGGUCGAGCUGCCUCCAAAGACGACAAGCUACCGUUCAUCAGCAUCGUCAUACCCGUCUUCAACGAGUCCGAGUUUGUUAAAAACUCAAUAAAGUCUAUCGAGCUCUCAGACUAUCCCAAAGAGAGGAUUGAGCUGAUUGUCAUUGAUGAUGGCUCUACUGACGACACAUGGGAACACGUCAACAAGGCUGCAGGCUCGGUCUCGACAUGCGGCAUAACACUUCGGCUCUUACAGCAUGCUGUCAACAUGGGCAAAAGGAAAGCCAUCCAGUCGGGAUUCGCUGCUGCACUUGGAAGCAUCAUCAUAUCCCUUGACUCAGAUAGCGUCGUGGAAAAAGGCGCACUUCGCAACAUCGUGAGUCCUUUGAUGAAGGAUCCUUCAAUCGGUGCUGUCGCUGGACACCUGGCUGUCUUGAACGUCUCGAGCAGCAGCAUCUUCUCAUUCAAGAGCCUUUUGCCGCGUCUCCUCGAUAUCGUCUUUGAUCACAUCGGUAACCUACCGCGCUCAGCACUUUCAGCUGAGGGGUUUGUCACGAUCCUUCCAGGUGCUUUCUCCGCAUUUCGUGCAGAUGCAGUCCAACCCCAUGUCGAUAGGCUAUGCACAAGCACCUUCCUUGGUUCACCUCUCAAGCACGGUGAAGAUAUGGAGCUCGCAUACCGUAUUCUCUGUGACGGUUGGAGAACGGUUUAUCAGAGUAACGCUGUCGUUCAUACCAUGGCCCCUGAAACACUCGAAAAGGCGCUGCUUAUGUUUUCUCGAUGGGAGCGUACUAACUAUACCUUUCUCUGCAUGGGAUAUCCGGCCUUGACAGUGCAAAAGACUUUGAAACUAUGGCUUGCGAUGCGGCCGACACGCGUUCAAUCUUCAGAGUUUGUGGAUAAGGAAAAACAGGAAGACGAACCCUUGAUCGCCAAAGACGGAACAGGGAGCAUAUAUCCUUUGAUCAACGUGGCUUGCAUCUGGCUAAAAGGACCACUGAUGCUCUUGGUCACCUACACGUUACUGAGAUGUGUGAUUCUUUACCCCAGACAUGCGCUUUGGAUAUUAUUGGAGAUCUCGAUCCUGACAGUUUGGAGGAGCUUCAUGCUUAUUCCAGACGCUCUUCGAGAAAAAGAUACAGAAUAUGUUUCUGAUGUUGGUGGGCUACAGAUCUAUCACACAAGUGGGAGACUGCUAGGAGUACCUGGCUAA